AUGGAGAAGCGUGUUUUAAAGUUUGAGUUUGAUGUCGGAACGUCGAGUCGAUCAGGAACUGGUGGUAAUGAAGGUCUUGGAAAAGUCAUGGAACUUGUUCAACGCGAUCGCGAUCGAGAUGUGAAAGAAAAAGAAGAACUGCGCUAUUUAAACGACCGAUUUUCACACUUUCUCGCCAAUAUCGAGCAAUUGAAACGUAUCAAUGAACAAUUGCAAACACAAUUAAAAGAUGAAUUUGCUAAAUGGGGUAUUUUACCACGUGAUGAAAACGAAUUACAACAACUGAUCCAUCAAAUCAACGAUCGGGCCGUUAAACGUGCGAAUGAUGAAGUACGUUCGCGUGCUGCUGAGCAAGAAUCAGCUAUACUGAAUCGUGCCGCUGCACUCUACGGAAACAUUCAGGAUAUGUACAAACGUAAACAGGAGAACUUGCGCAAUCUGAUCGACAAGUUACAAGAAGAGUUCAAUCGCAUAGCUCAACGUGAACGUGCAAGUAACGACGAAGUGACGACAACACGAGAUGAUUUGUUGAAAGAAUUAAACAAAUUUCGUCAGCGUUUGCAAGAUUGGCUUCAAGUUGUUGUCGAAAAACAAACAUUGUUGGAUGAUAUUCAAUCGUUACGUGAACGUCUUAAUUUGAUUCAUGCGUUGAACGAAGAAGAGAUCAAUGAAUGGAAACGUUUGUUAGAACAAACAAAAGACGAUUCGAUAACUUUCUACAAAGAAGAAUUAACCAAUGCUAUUCGAGAUAUCAAACGAGAUUAUGCUAAACAAGCGAAGAAAUUCCAGGAUGAAUUAGAAUAUCAAAUCGAAGGGCAAUUGCGUAUGGUGGAAAAUCAAUUGAAACAACAAACGCCAGGUUUAAUGGACGGUGCAAUGCAAGAAUCCGAGCGAAAUCGGCUCCAUAUGGAAGAAACAAAAUUACGUACAAGUAUGGAAGAUUACGAUAAAGAACAAUUACGUUUGAAUGAACUCACGAAGAUGCUGUCGGAUAAGCGACGUAUUUUACGUGAUGAAGAAGCUAAAUUGCAUGAAAUCGAACGUAAGAAUCGGGAGAAACAACUGAAUGAGAAGACUAUUGCUGAACGACUCAAAGCUGAAUACGAAGAUCUACGUGCCCGAUUCGAACAGAUGGCGUUCGAAUUGAGAUUUAGCAUCGAGGAUGAAUUGAAGAUCUAUGCACGAUUACUCGAUGAAUUGAUGAAGAAAUCAUCCGCUGCUAUUGCUAGUCAACAGACUGGAUCGACUCAUACAACAACUACAACUGCGUCAAAUCAACAAGGUGGAUCAACUUUUACAACGAUUUCAUCAACAAUUCGAUCGAGCGGUAUUGAAGAUCGUGAUGCACCUUCAAGUUUCCAACAAAUACGUACAACUAGCUCGAAUUCUGCUCCGGGAAAUGCAACUUUUGACUGGAAUUCCGGUCUGUCAUCUCGAUCAGAUAUGGGUACAAAUGCCGGCGGUGGCAAUUUGUUUCGAUCCGAUGAUUACAGUACUAACUCAGAAACUCGCACAUCAUCAUUUACGCGUCUAAACUAA